UCGCUCGCUCAGUGUUAAAGAGGCGUCGGUGGAGGACGCAGUGGACAACAACGACAACGACGACGACGACAAACUCUCUUCUUCGAGUGAGAAGAAUACGACCGGUGGUGCGAGGAUAAAGAAAAGGGGGUGCGCCAAGGCAAAACAAGAGACGACACACCGACGCGCACACCGACGCCCGAACGAUCUUUACGAACGAACGAUCGACUGGGAGAUACAUUUGUUACUUUCAAUUUUCUUUCUACUUUUCCGAUCUUCUCUUCCCUUUUCCUUUUUCCCUCUAAUUGACUUUUUUUUCUUUCCCAAUAUCUCCCGCUAUCUCACCGUCACAUUUUUGACGACGAACAAACGAAUAUAACACACUGAAACGAAUAACCGAUUCCUCGAGCAAUGGCCACCACCACUAUGGACCCGAUCGACAUCGCGAACAUUCUCGAGCAGGAACUGCUGCUUUAUCAGCAGCUGGUGUCUCUGGACGGACUGCACAGCGGAGUGCCGACCAGGACGACGCCGACGCUAACGCCGACCACCCUCCGCAGCAUCGAGCAAACGUUCCUGGAACUGACAAACGAGUCGGCGUCGCACAGUCGCGAGGCCGGUUUCGUCCCGCCUUUAGUCGAACCCUCGCAGCCGACUCCGGCACAGACGCAGAACACGACGGCGACGCAUCUUUUGGUACCCACAACGACCACCGUCGUCGAGGGUCAACAACAGACGCAGCCGCAACCGCAGCAGCCCGCGAUUAGACGCAACAUGGGCGGCAGAAGACCCACCCGAACGGUCGGGAUGACCCCCGAGGAGGAGGAAAGGCGACAGAUCCGGCGCGAGAGGAACAAGAUGGCAGCGGCGAGAUGCCGCAAGCGAAGAAUGGACCACACCAAUGCCCUACUCGAAGAGACCGAGGGCUUGGAACAGAAAAAGCAAAGCUUGCAAGACGAGAUUCAGGCGCUGCAGCAAACCAAAGAUGAGCUGGAAUUCAUCUUGGAGGCUCACAGAGCUGUUUGCCGUCGCUCAUUGCGCUCCACAUCGCCGCCGGACGUAAAGCCGGUGAUCAAGGCCGAUCUCCCGAGCGACGAUCAGUUCAUCACCGCCGCCGCCGAGACUGUGAAGGACGACGCGUCGACAGUGCCGGUGACAACGUCACGACCUAACAGACCCAACUCGCUGCCGGUCGGAUUGGACAACAACAACAGACUGAAUUCCCUGUCGCUAGAUAGACCGGACACCCUCGCUUUCAAAGUGGAGACACCGGCCUUCAUGAAACCGUCGAUGGACGUUGGUGGAAUGCCGAUCACCACCCCGACCAGCGGCAUACCGUUCAACUUCGAGUCCCUGAUGGAAGGCGGCACGGGCCUCACGCCGGUCUCCGGCACGCCCCUGAUACCGUCGUGCUCGACGCAACAGAGAAACAACCUGUCCGCCGUAGAUCUCAGUUCCCCGGACGCGAAUCCGAAGCUCGUGAGCUUGUGACGCCACGAAGACAUGGAAGAGCACGGAUCGCGAGAAGAAAACGAUCCCGAAUGAGAAUAGAAUGUGUACCAUGACGCGAAGGAAGUUUUAUUAAUCUUUCUCUGGAAGGGAGAGCAGAAGUAUUAUUAUACGCGUGCUCUUUACAACGAAAUUUUUUCGGUCGCUCUUAAAAAAAGCUCUUCACGCGAUUUUGCUUUUAUUAGACAAAUGCGAUUUUUGUAUGCAUUUUUACAAUCACGAAAAGAUCGUUGUCCGUCUUUCAGGAUUAGAACAAACAUUUAUAAAUUAUUUGUCUGUUAAAGAAAACAAUAAGGAUAAUUUUAAAGAUUGUUCUUACGCAAAAAAAAACAGAAAAAAUAAAACGAGAAAAAUUGUUACCAUCGGUGAUUUUUGCUACGAGCGCAUUGAUCGGAAAUGGAAUUCUUUCGUAUUUGUAGAUUUCAAUGAUCUUUGCAACGUAAGUCUCAGUAUUUUGCCAUUUGUGGACAGACGAGAAAUGAAUUCUUGUCAAUAAUUGAAAGUUUUGAAAAAAUUUUCUUGUAUUGAUCUUAUAAAGAAACAAAAAAACUUGUAACAAUUAUCUAUAUUGUUAUUCGUUGCAACAAAUUGUAAAAAAAACAGAUACUUUUGAAGAGAGAACAGCGCCCAGCUAUUUGCAAUUUAAAAAUAAAAAAAAAUAAAAAAAAAAGAAUAGAAAUUGUCGCAGAUAUGAUGCAAUAAUAUGUCUGCGCAAGUGAUACAAGUAUAUAUUUAAAGUUUAAAGUAAUAAAUUAAGAAUAACGUAAGAUUCGUCAUGUUUUUGUAAGCGAUUCACACGGAAGAUAAAUACAAUUUUAUACCAUACUUCUAUACAGAGAGAGAGAGAGAGAAAAUGAAAAUUUUAGGAUGUAAGGUUAAAAAAAAAAACAAAAAAAAACAAAAAAAACCCAAGUUUAGCUCAAACCUAAGUACAUUGAGGAGUCGUAAGAGCUCAUUGCGCUUAACAUCGACAGCAGUUCGCAUAAAUUUGUGGAUUCGAUAAACACCUGUCGGACGUGGGUAAAAGUAGAGAUUGAACGAUCACAGGAAUUUUACAGAUCUCCAAUGUAUUCAUUCUUUUUUGUUUUGCGUACAUUCGUGUACGUACAAAAACUGAAGAUCCUCGUUCACUACCUGCGACAAAAAAUCGUUUUUAUACAUGCGACUGUUGUUUUUUUUUUUUUUCCAGUUUUUCACGCGACAUUAUUAUAACAUUUAAUCCCUCCAUACGAUUAUAAUAUAUACACAACAUACAUGUAUUUUACUAUGUAUGACAUUUUGCAUGAUCUUAAGCAAUAUUAAUAUAUUUGUACGCGACUGUUAAACUAGGACGCACGAAAAUCACGAGACACACGGUGAGUUCUUUUUUAGUCGAGAGAAAUUCUCCGAUUUGAUUGUUUUUUCGUGUUGUGCUUAGUGGUCGCUGUCGAAAAUAUAUGGAGAUUGUAACGCACCAAUGAUAAAUGUUGCAAUAUAUUUUGAUUAGAUUGAAAAAAUAAAAUUAAUUAAAAUUGAAA